GUAACUGAAAUGGUUUCGGAAUGGUCUUCAAGAAAAAGAUAGUCCCUGGGCGUGAUCUGAUCGAAUUUUGUACUUAAUUGUUCGGUGUGGAGAAAGCAGCAAAAACAUACUUGACUUGUCUUUCUUUGAAAUUGAGUCUCUCUGCGGCCAGUCUAUGGAGGUCUCUCUAUCUUCAGCAACCUCGAGAAGUUAUCUAUAUCAACUUCCAACUCCAACUUCACUGAAAACGUUGCUUCUCAAGAGAGUAGAAUUUCCUAAUUGGGAUUGUUAUUCACUGUCCCUCUCUUCCACCAGAAGAGGCGGACAACCCUUAGUUGCUAGAACUGGAGCUCCCUCCGCCAAAGGUCACUCUCUGAAGGUUUUAUGUUAUCAAAGGAGGGAAGCUCCAGUAGUAGAGGGCAGGUGUAUAGAGGAAGUGUAUGAUGCUUUGGCCGAACGCCUUGUUCCUACAGCAGCAGCAAUGUCGAAUCCGAAUUUGAAGCAUAUUGUGGGUUUAGCUGGUCCUCCUGGAGCUGGAAAGAGUACUCUUGCAUCCGAAGUAGUACGGCGUGUGAACAAGUUAUGGCCUCAGAAAGCUUCGGCAUUGGAUUCCCAAGUUACUCCUCUAGAGGUGGCUGCAGUUCUUCCCAUGGAUGGGUACCAUCUUUACCGUUCUCAGCUGGAUGCAAUGGAGAAUCCUGAGGAAGCUCAUGCAAGAAGAGGAGCUCCGUGGACCUUCAACCCUGAGCUACUACUCAAGUCUUUGAAGACUUUGAGAAGUCAGGGUUCAGUAUAUGCACCUUCAUUUGACCAUGGUGUUGGAGAUCCAGUAGAAGAUGAUAUAUUCGUGAGCAUUCAGAACAAAGUUGUCAUAGUAGAAGGAAAUUAUUUGUUCUUGGAUGAUGGGGUGUGGAAGGAAAUAUCAUCUAUGUUUGAUGAGAAGUGGUUCAUAGAGGUCGAUAUUGACAAAUCCAUGCAACGAGUUCUCAAGAGACAUAUUGCAACAGGGAAGCCCCCUGAUGUUGCUAAAUGGCGGAUUGAGUACAAUGACCGGCCAAAUGCCGAGACCAUAAUCAAAUCAAAGAAAAAUGCAGAUCUGAUAAUCAAGUCAAUCGAUUUCUGAACGUGAUCCUGCUGGAAAGAAAGAUCUUCAAUUUAACUGUAUGUAUGUAGUUGAUGAAGAACCCCAGUUUCCUUGGAGGUUAUGAAGAAAUAGUCGACAAUAACAAAUGAGGGUUAAUGGCUGCAGAAUCACCCCCUUUUUCUCAUCCAGUUUCAAGUGAAUAUCUAACUGGUUCAUCUAUUUUCUUUCAUAAGUUAUAUCAAUUGAGCUGGACAACAUCAA